UGCUGCAGCGACCUCCAAGCUCCUGUCCCCGAGGUGCCCCGCCCUACGAGCCGGUUGCUUCCUGGAGCUGAAGGACCUCGGUGUGGGGAAAAUGAGCCGCAUCUACCAGGAUAGCGCCCUCCACAACAAGGCGGUGCAGAGCGCGCGCCUGCCGGGAACCUGGGACCCUGCCACCCACCAAGGGGGAAAUGGCGUCUUGCUGGAGGGGGAGCUCAUGGAUGUAUCUCGGCACAGCAUCUUGGAUGCCCACGGCAGGAAGGAGCGCUACUAUGUGCUGUAUAUCCAGCCCAGUUGUAUCCACAGGCGUAAGUUUGACUCCAAGGGAAAUGAAAUUGAGCCCAACUUCAGUGCCACUAGGAAGGUGAACACGGGCUUCCUCAUGUCAUCUUACAAGGUGGAAGCCAAGGGCGACACAGACCGGCUCAACCUGGAGGCCCUGAAGGGCCUGGUAAACAAGCCCGAGCUGCUGGAGUUGACAGAGAGCUUCACCCCAGACCAGACGGUGGCCUUCUGGAUGCCUGAGUCAGAGAUGGAGGUCAUGGAACUCGAGCUGGGGACUGGAGUGCGGUUAAAAACUCGGGGUGAUGGCCCCUUCAUAGAUUCCUUAGCCAAACUGGAGCUGGGGACAGUGACCAAGUGUAAUUUUGCUGGUGAUGGAAAGACAGGAGCUUCCUGGACAGACAAUAUCAUGGCUCAGAAGUCUUCAGAGAGGAACAAAGCAGAGAUCCGAGAGCAAGGAGACGGGGCGGAGGACGAGGAAUGGGAUGACUGAGGUGCCUCCUCCCCUAGACCAGCCAUCUGGGACGGUGUCGCUGAGAAGUGGCCACAGCACUUCUACCUUGGAGAGAUCAGUCUGUCAAGCGGAAUAUCAUUUGACACACCCUGAUGAAAUCAAACCCGAGACCUCAGUACUCACCAAGGGUCUCCGGGCGAUGGCUUUUGUAUGUCCGUGGCCCUCUCUGGAUGCAAGGCUAGCUUUCCUAGAUCUAUCUCCAGUAUUCCUUUCCCUAGGUAGCAGACAUGGACUGGAUGAGCCCUCUAAGGCACACAAUUGACAAAGGCUCCUUGUCUGAGUCCAGAGGGGUUCCGGGGGUAAGAGGGCCGGCUUCUUCCAUUUCUGCGGUUUUCUCCUUUCUUUGCUUUCUACCCUGUGCCAGCUUUUUCUUGUGUCUCUGUUCUCCUAUUCCAGUCUUCCCCUAUCUGUUCUUCCCUGCCCCAUACCCAAGAUACCACUUCUUUAUUUCUAUUCAGCUCUGUGCCUCCGUGGGGUUUCCUGCCUUAGACCUUUGUCCUAGGGUUCUUACUGCUGCGAUGAAACCCCAUGACCCAAAGCAACGUGGGGAGGAAAGGUUUGCUUCAUUCACAGUUCCAUAUAACAGUUCAUCAUCAGUAGAGCAGUGAGGGCAGGAGCUCAAGCAGGGCAGGAACCUGGAGGCAGGAGCAGAGAACCGUGGUGUGCUGCAAACUAGCUUGCUCUGCCUGCUUUCUUCUAGAACCCAGGACCACCAGCCCAGUAAUGGCAUUACCUACAUCGGGCUGGGCCGGGGUACUCUAGCUUCUGUCAACUUGAUAUAAAGCUGGUUAUCACAGGCCUAUCUGGCUGCUGUCCUAAAGAUGCCAUUCUUGGGAAGGUCUACGGCCUUCCCAGCUGUGUCUAGCUGGUCCACAGGUCUUGACUCAUUCCACUGGCCAACUUCUUAUAUUUUUAAAAUUUUUUUCUUUUUAAUAAAUAGUGCUGGUACU